AUGCUUGGAGCGAUGAGCUCUUCCUUGCUGUGCAACGUGGUGACCAGUACCAGUAGCUCGGAUUCCAUUGCUUGUCGGCUGGACAGGCGUGUCGUCGUUGUCACGCGGUCGUUGUUGCGUGCGAUUAGCCACGAAUUACGGAAAGGUCGGGUAGGAAUUCCAGAGGUAUCCGGACGUCCAUUGAAGGUCGCGCGGUGGACGGCGAUGUUUCGCAUGCGCAGCAGCGAGAUGGAGUUCCUGGCGGAACAAGAGCUCGUCUCGGUCAUGCCCUUCUUCGAGCUCAAGGAGAAUGGCGGCUUGCUCCAUGGCAUCAGCGGCGACUUUGGUCCGUUCCACCCGUCGAUGGCGACGCACGUUCCUCUUUGGCUUGCGAUCAAGCUCAAGCAGCUCAACAAGUGCCGGAUCCUCCAGCCGUCCUGGUUCACCGUCGAGCACUUGAUGGAGCGCUUGGAGGGCGAAAACACGAGCGAAGCCUUCGAGUCGCUGCCGUUCCACUACCUCGAGAUCGCGACGCUCCUCCUCAAGAAUGCACCCGACGACAUGGAGCAGGCCGAGAAGAUGCGGCUCAUCCUCGAGGACAUCCAGCAUACGCGGCAAGAGAAGAUCCGCAACGGUCUCUGCGUCCUUGCCAAGGACGUGCAGACCGGUGGCAGUGCCCAUGCUGUCCAGCUCAACAACGUCGCCGCCAUGGAGAUCAAUUCGGUGCGGCAGUUUAUGACCAAGUCGCUCAAGAAGUUCUACGAGCUCAACGUCAUGGGUGGCGCAGAGGUCAUUUCCCAGAGCCAGAGCCAGAGCCAAGCUUCGUCCAUGGAUGCGACACCCAGCAGUGUGUCCCGGCUUCGGCGUCACCGCUAA